UCCUUUUUCCAUUAUCCGCAACGAUUUUCCUUUUUCUUCCUUACCCGCGCCGUUCCUCCUCCAGCUCCAAUGGCGCAAGCCAUCUCCCUCCCGCCGCUCCCCUCUCCCCACCACCACCGCCACCACAACGCCAGAUCCUCGCGCGCCCCCUCGCCGUCCCAGCUCCGAGCCGAGUCGCCCCUCUCCGCGGCGCUACGUGCCGGCGACGGCUCCUCCUCCUUCCGGGAUGCGCGGUUCCUCGUCUCCCUGCUGCGCCAAUGCGGCGACCUCCUCCAAGGCGAGGACGACUCGGCACCCCAUCCGUCAUCGAACACCGACCUCCUCGCGGCGCGGAGGCUCGCGCCGCAGCUGCACUCGCUGGCCGUCCGGGCGGGCCACGCGACGCGGGAGCCCCACGUGGCGUGCGCGCUCGCGGACCUCCUGGCGCGCCUGGGCCGCGCCGCCUCCAGCCGCCGCCUGCUGGCCGAGGGCGACGCGGACGCCAAGGACGCCGUGCUGUGGAACAAGCAGGUGGCGAUGCUGGCGGAGGCGGGGGACUGGGGCGGCGCGAUCGCGGCCUUCCGGGAGAUGCAGGCGCGCGGGGUGGCCGCCGACGGGUACGCGUGCGCGCGGGUGCUCCACGCGUGCGGCCGCGCCGCAGCCGGGGACCCGCGCCGGCGGGAGGGGCGCGCCGUGCACGCGCACGCGCUCAAGGCCGGCCUCGUCGACGCGCACCCGCUCGUGCCCGGGUUCCUCGCCGGCAUGUACGCCGAGGGCGCCGACGUGGCCGCCGCUACCACAGUCCUUCUCCGGUCCAACAUAGACAGCGCCGUCGCGUGGAACGCGGUGAUCGCGUGCUGCGUCCGGCUCGGGCUGGUCGACGACGCCAUGGAGCUCGCGGAGCGCAUGGCGAGGACGGGGACCGCGGACCCCACCCUCGCCACCUGGAACACCGUGCUCUCCGGCUGCGCGCGGCACGGGCGCGACCGGGAGGCGCUCGCCGUCGUGCGGCGGAUGCUGGAGCAGGGCCUGUCGCCGGACGCCACCACCGUGUCCAGCCUCCUCAAGUCCGUGGCCAACGCGGGGGCGCUCGUCCACGGCACGGAGGUCCACGGCUUCUUCCUGCGCCACGAUCUCGUGCCGGACGCGUACACGGGAACCGCGCUCGUGGACAUGUACGCCAAGUGCGGCCGCCUCGACUGCGCCCAGAGGGUGUUCGACGGUUUGGAGCACCGGAACCUGGCCACCUGGAACUCGCUCGUCGCGGGCUACGCCAACGCCGGCGAGUUCGACAGAGCUCUGGAGCUCGUGGGAACAAUGAAGAGGAAUCGGCUAGACCCGAACGUGACCACCUGGAACGGGCUGAUCACCGGCUACGCCAUGAACGGGCUGAGCUCGCAGGCGAUGCUGCUGCUCCGGCAGAUCAAGGCUGCGGGCCUCACCCCGAACGCGGUCUCCUGGACAUCCCUCAUCUCCGGGAGCUGCCAGAACGGGGAGUACGACGACGCCAUCUCCCUCUUCGCGGAGAUGCAGAGCGACGGCGUCCAGCCCAGCCUGGUCACCACGCUGGUCCUGCUCCGGGCCUGCGCUGGGCUCGCCCUCCUAAAGAAGGGCAAGGAGUUGCACUGCUUCGCGCUGCGCAGAGCCUACGCCGGCGAGACGGUUGUCGGAACGGCGCUGGUCGACAUGUACUCCAAGGCAGGGAGCCUGACGAGCGCCAAGAGGGUGUUCGGGAGGAUCCAGAGCAAGAACCUGGUGUGCUGCAACGCGAUGCUCACCGGGCUGGCCGUCCACGGGCAAGCUCACGAGGCGAUAGCGCUGUUUCACGACCUGUGGAGGUCAGGGCUGAAGCCGGACAGCAUCACCUUCACCGCGCUGCUCACCGCCUGCAGAUCCAUGGGCCUGAUCGCCGAAGCGUGGGAGUACUUUGACGGCAUGGAGACAAAGUAUGGCGUGACGCCGACGGCCGAGAACUACGCCUGCAUGGUCGACCUGCUGGCGAGGACCGGGUACCUGGACGAGGCGAUGGCCUUCCUCGAGAAGUCGCCGGUCGACCCAGGGGCGAGCUCGUGGGGCGCAAUUCUCACGGGCUGCUCCAUCCAUGGCAACCUUGACCUGGCAGAGGAGGCCGCCAGGAAUUUGUUCAGACUGGAGCCGUACAACUCGGCCAACUACCUGAUGAUGAUGAGCUUGUAUGAGCAUCAGCAGAUGUACGACGAAGCCGAGAGCCUCAAGUACGCGAUGAAAGCCAGGGGAGUGAACACCAGACCAGGAUGGAGCUGGAUACAGGUCGAGCAGGGUAUCCAUGUCUUCGAGGUUGACGGCAGCCCGCACCCGGAGACCUCAGAGAUAUACGAAGAGAUGAGCCGUCUGGUAUCCCGGAUCAAGGCGGCGGGGUACUCACCGGACAGGAGCUGCAUCGCGUACGACGUCCCAGAGGAGGAGAAGGAGAAGCUGCUGCUCUGCCACACCGAGAAGCUCGCCAUCACCUACGGCCUGAUCCGCUCCGACACGAGCCGGAUGCCCAUCAGGGUGAUCAAGAACACCAGGAUGUGCAAUGACUGUCAUGAGGUGGCGAAGCAUGUCUCUGCCCUGUGUGACCGGCAGAUCAUCCUCCGGGAUGGUGCAAGGUUUCACCAUUUCGUCGACGGGAAGUGCUCGUGUAAUGACUAUUGGUGAGUAUUACCCGGGAUCAGAUAAAUUUGAUUUCUA